AAACUAACCUAGCUCCCUGAUCGAGUGUGAUGAAGAGCUGUGGUGAUCGAAUUGAAUUGUCGACUUCCACCUAAAUAAGGACGGAGAGAACAUCAAUUCAAACGACGUCUCGAGAACAGAGAAGCUGAAGAUGAGCCAUGGAAAUAGAGACGGACUACCACCAAACCUGCGCAGGGAGUGGCUCUCGGCAUCUGCAGAUUGCCAUGGAGAUGACAGUAACAUAUUCACUCUGAUGAACUACAACAUCCUUGCUGACUGCCACAUCAAAGAUGGCUGGUAUCCAUACUGCCCUCAAGGGUUCCUUAAGAUGUCAGAUAGACACCGAGCCUUGAUGCUAGAGAUCAAACAUCAUGAUCCACAUAUUGUCUGUUUACAAGAGGUUGGACCAGAUUAUUUUGCCCAUCAGCUAAAUCCUGAGAUGCACUCUCUCGGUUACCAUGGUACUUAUAUGAAGAAAGUGAGAGGUGUCAUGGAAGGAGAGGCAACAUUUUACAAGAAAAACAGAUUUGAGAUGCUAGAGGAGAAGGGAGUGGUCUUUAACGAGCUGGCCGCAAAGGCAUGUGAGAAGGCUAAGCUUUCUGAUGAAGCUCAGGAGAGUGUGCUGUCUUACGUCAAUCAAGAUCAUUUAGUCCUCCUAACUAAGCUACAAGAUAUAAAGACAAAGAAGAGAGUCUCCAUUGGGAAUACACAUCUCCUGUUUGGUGACUACAAAAACAUUGAUGUUAUAACACUACAGGCAGGGUUAGCCAUCAAUGCCCUAGGGGAGUUUGCAGGGGGUCCUGAGCAUGCCCACAUCCUGUGUGGAGAUUUCAACCAGGAACCAAACAUGACGGGAUAUCAGCUGAUGCAUGAUGGGAAGCUAGAUGCCAAUGGAGAGCAGUUUAUUCGUCAAUACCCAAUCAAGAUUGGUAGCGAAAGCAAAAGCCUACUUGACAUCUUGCCUCUGUGUUUCAAGCAUAACUUGCCUGGGUUGAAAAGUGCCUACAAAACAGUUGCUGGUCAAGAAAGUCCCUUUUCAGACGUAGAUGAUUGUGUGGGGGCAGAAUGGUCAGCAGACAUGGUUGAAUUACCAGCACAGAUCUCUAAACCUUACCCACCUAAACGCCCUCGCAAGCCUUAUCUGACCGACCCGAAAAAAUACGGUGAUAGCAAGUUCAUAGCCUCGUUGGACUAUCAGUGGUUUGAUUCUGAAAGUCUUUGCUGCUAUGGUGUCUUAGAAAUGGUGGACGAGAGGGAAAUUUUUCCAUUUUAUGCCUGUCCUAAUGAGUAUUUUCCUUCUGAUCACUUGCCAAUCAUUGGAAAAUAUAAGUUUAUGUAAAGUUGUCAUUACAUGAAUAGUGUGAGAGUACGAGGCAGUUUGGUUUAUGAUAGAACUGCACUGACAUCGUUCCAGAUAGAAUUGCACUCAAGUCUGGGAGAAGACUGUCGAGGUCUUAUGAAUACAAGUUGCAGGUUUCUUCAAUUCUGCCAGUCUUAUUAAAGGCAAUUUACCUUAGUGUAAAAGAUGUAGAUGAUCCACACGGUAAAUAUGAUGGCAAUAGUUGUAAGGCAACUAUUCUGGCUGUCAAAAGUAACAAAGAGGGGAUUAGUAUAUACAAAGGAAACAAGAAAAGCAUUUACAAAACUAAUGCAUGAUUUUCUUUAAAUCAUUCAAGCUGUUUUGGAAACUCUGGAGUCAAUGAGUAAAUGAAAGCACAUUUCAUUUAUUUGAAAUACUAUUUUUUAUGUAUUAACAACUCAAAACAAGUAAAUAAUCAAAUUGUUAUGAUACAUUCAGAUUUAUAAACUAUUAAAAUUCAUUGUUCUUCAAUAUGUAGCAGUUGUGUAAUAGGUAUGUGAAAUGAUUGAAUAUCCAAAUUAUGUAAUAUUUUUAGAUUUUUAAAGCUCUCCAACAAUAUGUAUAAUUCAUUUUUUUAAUCAUUCCUAAAUGUAGGUGCCAUUAAUUGUCUUUUAAAUAAAUGUACAGUAUUAGUAAUAAAUAUGCAAUUUUAUGUGAAAAACCAUAGAAGAAGAAUGAAAUUCUAUCUUAUAUUAUACUGAGUUCAAAUGAUAGUCUAUGUGCAGGUGACAAGAAUACCUGUAUUUUGCAAGGAACCAUAACAUAUUACAUCUCAUAAAAGUGUAAAUAACUUACAGCAAAUUGAAGUACGGUGUGCAGAAACCUGCCAAUUGUCUUUCAUAUGUUUUUACUCUUUUUAUAUGUAGAUCUAUCAUUAAGUAUAAAUAUUGACCUCCUUCAGGGCAAUACAACAUUGCCUGAACCGAAGGUGAGUGCGAUACAUGCAUGUAUAUGACAAGUAUUGUCCUGAAUUAGGCAGUCAAUAUUACUAUUGUAAAUUUUUUUUUGUAAAUUCAAUUUUCAAUAAUAAUAUAUCUUAAUAUGGAUCUUGAAGCAAAUACAUGUGUAUUAACCAUGUUUUGCCUAAUUAUGUAAAGCUUUUUAUAUUUAAAUAUCUAUAAUGAAUAUAUCAAUGACAUUAGGGUUUGUGCUUUAGGAUUCAUUGUUUAAUUUUGUAGUCGGUUUAAGUUGGUCUCAAAAAUUAUGCUGCAUUUACAUUGUACAGUAUUAUAUUUGUAUUAUAGUUUAUACAACAAUACAACAUUGCCUGAACCGAAGGUGAGGGCGAUAUAUUCAUGUAUAUGACAAGUAUUGUCCUGAAUUAGGCAGUCAAUAUUACUAUUAUUAACCACAUCAGAAAUCUAGAGCAAACUAGAAAUCUAGAGCAAACUAGAAACUUUUAAUAUCUUAUAUAUAUAUAUAUAUAUAUAUAUAUAUAUAUACUCUUAAAUUAUGUAAAAUAAGUAGCCUACACUGCACAGGGUUCCCUAGCAUGAAAAGUUGCAAAAACAUUGUCAAACCAGCACUGCAUGUGCAUCCAGUGCUUGACGAAAUUAUUGAUACACUGCAAACAGUGUGUCUUGGGUGUGAUUAUUACGUCACAAAGUGCGCAGGUUCUCAUACGCGUAAUAGAUGCGCAAUGAAAACGAUAAAAUACCAGGAUGUGGACUCUACAUUAUUGCCUGCUAGUUUAACACGCAUUUUGCCAUUUACUUUUCUGAUUGGGCAAUAUUAGUUCAUUGGUUAACUGUGUAUUAUUAUUACCCGUAUCAGACAUCUGAGCUGGUCAUUUGCAAAACUGUAUUGCCCUAGUUUUCCUUAGCAGAGGGAACGGAAGGCACACUGUUUGCAGUGUAUCGAAAAUUUCGUCAAGCACUGCUGUUUGACAAAGUUAACUUUGUUCAGUUCUUUGACAUGGUUGAUUUAUGUAUUUGCUCUAGAUGUCUGAUUUGGAUAACAAUACAAAUAUUGACUGGCUUAACUUUUGGUAGAUACCACAUAUACUGCCCUCACAAGAUCCAUAUUGCCCUCGUCUUUGACUCAGGGCAAUAUGAGUCUAGUUUGGGCAAUAUAUGUGGUAUCUCCCUCAAGGCCAGUCAAUAUUAUAUAAUUAUUGACCUGCAAAUUUCACACAAAAUUCCAUUGACUUUGCUGAGCGGUCAAUAAUAUUUUUCUCGCCCAUAGUUUUGUUGGCUUAUCAAUUAAACUUUGAGGGCAAUAACAUUUAAAAAUUGCCUUGCUCAGAUGUCUGAUACGGUUAAUAAUAUAUAUCAUAUACCUCUCUUUAUAAAUCAAGCCAUCUGAUUGGUUGAAAUUGCAGUCAUUACAUUUAUUACAUUUAUAGACUUGUCUAUCGUCGGUCGAAAUUCACUUCAACUGCACCUCUUCUGAGAGAACUCCACUGGUUGCCAGUCCGUCAAAGAAUCUCAUUCAAAAUAUUGUUAAUUGUCUAUACAUCAUUAAAUGGUCAAGCCCCUAAUUACAUCACAGAAUUACUUUAACUCAAAGUCCAGUCACACAGUCGUAGCCUGCGCAGUUCCACAGAUAAAUUAUUGUUUCAGAUUCCCCAUGGCAAAACUAAAGUAACUCUUGGGGACCGUGCUUUUGCUAAUGCUGCACCCAAACUAUGGAAUAGCUUGCCAAUAGAAAUACGAAGCACUCCAUCUCUCAAUGUUUUUAAAUCCAAUUUAAAAU